CAUCGGCUCACCGUACGUUUGCUAUUACAAAAGUUGUGCGUAGUGAAACUUAAAGAUUCCGUUUGUCGAAAGGUCUAAAGAAGCGUUUAAAAUUGCAUUUUACCGAUUUCGUUGUCUUCGCGAUCGAUGAAACUGUGAUUGUUGCAUUUCAUAAAUGCAAACAAAAGUAAAAACGAAAUUUUGCAACUGAUCGUUUGAACAAAAAGAUUAAUUCGACAGAGCGAGAGAUGAGUGUCACUUGUAUUAUUAAUUUCAUUAGAAAUAUGAAAAAGGAUAAGAUAACAGGCACGUUCGUUUUAAUUAUAUAAUGGCUCGUUUCUAUUAUCAAUGCAAUUUUGAUUUAAAAAACGAGACUGGAUACGAUAAUGCUGUAUUAAAACCAUUCGUUUGUCCGCCGGACAAAUAUUGUCCUUAUUGUUGUUGCAAUUGGCAGUGUUGUAUCGUGGUACAAAAACGUCCACCACGACAAAUCUGGGAGACUUGGUACUUUUGGUUGGGCGUUGCAUUAUUAGCUGUUUUUAUCCUAAUUUCGGUGUGCAGCUACGUAGUCAGUAAUUAUAGGCAUAACGUUCAAGGUGUGCCGUUCCGACAUAAUGCACGUAUUAAUGAUAACGAACGAAACCAUCGAGCAAAUCGUUCUAGACCAACACAAAACGAGGUGUCUAUAAGUAUAAUUCCUACAUCAGGAUUACUACCGGGUCAUAAAAAAAUGGUCAUGAUUUCUACACAAAAUAAUGUCGCUCAUUUGACUCCGAUCGUAGCCUAAAAUUAGAGCUUUCAGUUUUCUUUGGAGAAGUUCGGAAAGAAAGCGUGACGGUUUAGAACAUUCUGUAUUAUGAAUGCUCAGUUACUAUGACACCUCGAUCAACGUUUAACGAUGAGAAUGAAGGCAUGCAUUUCCUUGCAUUUGAUCGCGUGUACUUAUCGCAAAUGCAUUAUUUUAUGCGAUCUCGACAUAAUGGUAGAGGAUGGUUAAUGUUCAAUGAUUAUGAGGAAAGAUCUGCAGGGAGACUGGACGAACUCAAUUCAGCCUUUUAAUCUUGCUGAAAAGAUUUCAAGUCAAACGACUUUCAAGUUAUAUAAAAAAUAUUCAGAGAGAGAGAGAAAGAGAGAGAUAAACGUUAUCAAUACGAGGUCGAUUCUUUGAUUUCGUGAUCAUAAAAAUCGAAAGGAAAUCAGAAGGGAAUAAUGAAAGGCAUCGUUUACAGACUGCUAUAAGAUUUAAAUAUCAAAUUGAUACUUGAAUAUUAGAUUUCUUGAGAGAUAUUAAAAAAGCUUAGCCCAAUCAUUUUCAAUCUCAUGUAAUCAAUAUUUCAGAUAUUUUUAUUUUCAUUGAGUGAAAGAGAGAGAGAAAGAGAGAGAGAAAUUUAAUUUGCAAAGCUAAUUUUAGAAAUGAAGUGAGAAAAGAGAAGAUUCCUUUUUUGUCGACUAUGUUAAAUAUUUAUUCAUUUUUAUUAAUCAGAAUAACAUAUGUAAUCACUUGUGAUAACAAACGUCAAAUUUAUUCGACGUAUCAAUCCUCUCUCUCUCUCUCUCUCUUUCUCUCUCACUCACUCUCUCUCCUCUCCUUUUCUCUACCUAUCAGAGAGUGAGAAAGAGAGAGAGAGAGAGAGAGAAAAUAAAAAAGAGUGAAAGAUAAAAAAAAAAUAAAAUUCGAAGAGUACGGAUAUCAUGAUAUCGAAGAACAGACACUGGAUUUACUAAACGGCAAAGAGGAAAUUCCAUCCUCGAAGGAGACUGCCUUAUACCUUCGCUCUCAGUUGUUACUACUUUGAAACUCGUUUUCUUACGACGGAGGAUCGAGGAUGGGCGUUACUCCCAUUAACAAUUAAGAAGAAACGCACAGUUCGCGGUUGAUGCAAUUCUCUCUCUCUCUCUCUCUCUCUCUCUCUCUCUCUCUGUCUCUGUCUCUGUCUCUGUCUCUGUCUCUCUUUCUCUCACUCACUUUUUCUCAGUCUUUCACUGUAUACUCUUUUCAUCUCGAGAAGAGAAAGAGCACGGGAGCUAAUUAAACAGGACAAUCGAGCGGCGAGCCACAUACGUUCACUCUACGUUCUACCCCUCUCAUCCUCUCCACUUCUCGAUUUUAUCCCUAUUGCAGAGACCCUUCCUUUCUCGAGAUCCUUACUCAUGAUAAAGGUAAAUCGUAGUAAUCUUCGAGGGAGAAAACGAUCCAAGAGAAGUUGUACUACUACCUAUACGUAAUAUCUAUAUAACGAAGCAAAGUUCAACGUUAUUCGAAUAAAUUUUGAUUUAAUCUCUUUAUCAUUAGAAAUUGACAAGAUGUAUAAUUAUCAAACAAGUAACAAGUUGGAUAUUAACGUCGAAAGGAUAUAUUGGAAGAAUUAUAGAAGAAUCUAUUAUAUGUUCUCUUUUAAGAGAACAUUUAUUCGAUUCUCGUAUCUCUUUCUUUCAACAUUAAAAAGGAUUAAUGUUAUAGAAAUUGUCACGAUGAUUUUCAAAGAAAUUCUUACGAUGCUGCGAUGGAAAGAAAGAAAGAGAGAGAAAGAGAGAGAGAAAGAAAAAGAGUAGAUCGCUAGCGACCUCGUUCGUCUGUAACGAAGUGUCAUUCCGAUAACCCAAGCCGGCUUUUACUGUCUCUUGAUGCCGAUAAAGAAAUGUACAACAACCGGCCCCAUACAUUCUCUGUUUAAUGUUGCAUGCACGGUAAACCAAGCGAAGAAUCAAGCAACUACGUGCUCUACGAAAGCCAAUGACUUGGCACAACUCAAGUCGAUCAUUGAACGAAUGUCAAUUAGGGAAUGAUCCAUCGAGUUCGCAUAUUUUUUUCGAAUCUUUCUUUUUUUUUUUUUUUUUUUUUUUUUUUUUUUUCUACUUAUAAAGAUCUUGUGAAGAUCUAUGUUUGUGAGUAUCAAUGUAAAUAAUAUAAUAGUAUAUAUUUGAAUUAUAUUCGUAUCUGUGGUCUUUAGAAUACAACUGAUAUGUAAACGAUGUGCGAACAAAGAAUUUCUUAAGUAUCACCUUAACACGUUCGUACUUUUAUGACUGCAGAACAACAAGUAAUAAGGAAUAUCAUUAUGUUAAUUAUGGGAACGAAGUAAAUAAGAUAAUUAUGGGAAGGGAAAGAAAAUAUCUAAAAGUCUUUUGUUCGCCCUAAGAAAACUCGUAAAUUUUAUUUCGUUCAUUUUUCUUUUUCUUCCUUUCUUUCUUCUUUUUCGCAUCUCUCGACUCUAAAUACUUUCUACGUAAUAUUAUAUAAAGUAUUAUAAUUUUUUUGAAUUUUAAAUGAUGUAUUUUUUAAAAGAUAUAAUAAAUGUAUGGAUAUACAUUUUGUACGAA